AGAGCCGUGCUGAGGCUCCAAGCGGAGGAGCCGCUCCAUCGGGCAGUGAGUGCCACAUCACUGUGCUGCCUGCACAAGGGCUCCAGCAUGGUUCCGAGCCUGCUGCUCCUCCUCACCGGGCUGUUUAGGGCCACAGAGCCAGCACCCCGCUGUGAAACCGGCCAGGAGACCCUAGGUCAAUGCCAAACUGCACAGAAAGCAAAAUGCGUGGACAUCUCCUUAAGCUCUUGUACAGAUGUUACCUAUACUCAAACAAUGUAUCCUAAUUUCCUGGAUCAGAAGUCUCGAGAAGUGAUUGAGUACAGCUCUGAGUAUAUUCUCAUAAGCGUGCUGCACAACUUGCUGCAAGGAGAAUGCAAUCCAGAUCUGAGGCUCCUGGGGUGCUCAGUGCUGGCCCCACAGUGUGAAAAGGACAAAGUUAUAAAGCCUUGCAGGCAUGUAUGUGAAAACCUGAAAAAAAAUUGCCUCUCUGCUUUUGAUGCAAUAGACAUGGCCUGGCCCUACUUCUUAGACUGUGAUCGGUUUUUUGCUGGGGAAGAAGAAGGGUGUUUUGACCCACUGGCAAAGCUGCGAGGAGAAGUAGCUGUUGAAGAAGAUUUGCCUUCAGACUUCCCAGCUACUUUUAUUCAGUUCAAGCAUCAUUCGUAUUCCCAAAUGGUGAGCACAUUGAAGAAGACUGCUUCUAGAUGCUCCCAUAUUGCAACAACUUACAGCAUAGGUCGCAGUUUUGAAGGAAAAGACCUUUUUGUGAUUGAGUUUUCAACCAAGCCUGGUCACCAUGAACUACUCAAGCCAGAAUUUAAGUACAUUGGCAAUAUGCAUGGAAAUGAAGUUGUGGGAAAAGAACUGCUGAUAUACCUUGCGCAGUAUCUGUGUUCAGAGUAUCUUCUGGGGAACCCUCGCAUCCAAACUUUGAUCAAUAACACCAGAAUUCAUCUCCUGCCUUCACUCAACCCAGAUGGGUAUGAACUGGCUGCAGAAGAGGGUGCUGGUUACAAUGGAUGGGUGAUUGGCCGGCAGACAGCUCAGAACUUGGACCUGAACAGAAAUUUCCCUGAUCUGACUUCAGAAGCUUACAGAAGAGCUGGGAUUCGUGGGGCCCGCUUGGACCAUAUCCCCAUUCCACAAUCCUACUGGUGGGGUAAGGUGGCACCUGAGACUAAAGCAGUGAUGAAGUGGAUGAGGUCCAUCCCGUUUGUGCUCUCUGCCAGCCUCCAUGGGGGUGAACUGGUUGUGACUUAUCCUUAUGACUAUUCAAGGCAUCCUAUGGAAGAAAAAGAGUUCUCCCCUACACCUGAUGAGAAGAUGUUUAAAAUGCUGGCAAAAGCCUAUGCUGAUGCACAUCCAGUCAUCUCAGACCGAUCGGAACAUCGCUGUGGUGGAAAUUUUGUAAAACGUGGAGGUAUUAUAAAUGGUGCUGAGUGGUACAGCUUCACUGGAGGUAUGGCAGAUUUUAAUUACCUGCAUACAAAUUGCUUUGAAGUUACUGUGGAGGUAGGAUGUGAAAAAUUUCCUCUGGAAGAAGAACUGUUUACAAUCUGGCAUGAAAACAGAGAUGCCCUUCUGAACUACAUGGAGAUGGUUCAUCGGGGAAUAAAAGGAAUUGUGUCUGAUAAAUUUGGCAACCCAAUUAAAAAUGCUAGAAUUUCAGUCAGAGGCAUCCAGCAUGAUAUCACCACAGCUGCUGAUGGAGACUACUGGCGACUCCUGCCUCCAGGGACAUAUAUAGUCACUGCCCAAGCCAUGGGCUAUACCAAGGUGAUGAAAAGAGUCACCCUUCCCAUCAAGAUGAAACGGGCUGGACGAGUUGAUUUUGUCCUGAGACCUAUUGAGAUUUGGCCUAACAAGCUUCUUCGCCGGCCCAUGGAGGACAUGUAUGACCAAUAUGACCCACUGGAACUGUUUGACCCUCACGCUCAACAUGCACAGGCUCGGGGAGGGUCACAACAGGUCAGGGAGAAGCCCUGGUGGUGGUCCUACUUCAGCUCUCUAGACCUGCAUAAACCCCUCUGGCUGCUUAAGCAGCACUGAAUGGUGCCGUCGUGCUCUACUCACUUUGUUCUGCUGCCCUUCCACCCAGCUCCAUGCACCCUGAUUGCUCUUAGCAAUAUUUAAAUCUGCGUCAUUUGAAAGUACAAUGUUAAUUUCAAGCCACUUGCUUCUUUUGUUUUCUCUUUGCACACAAGUGAGUCUGUUCAAGUGUUUUUAUAUAUUAAAAGCAAUGGUGCACACCCAUUCAAGAGCCAGGUUUUAUGUAGUCUUUUUCUUAGUAAUGUGUUGUACUUCUGCCCAUGUAGUUAAUCAUCACAUUCAUUAUUUAUUAGGUUCUAAGUACCUACAGGAAUAUAUUCCUGAUCCUUUAAUGCAUUUUCGUACAUGCCUUAACACAUUAAUGACCAUGUACUAAAAACAAUUUUCAGAAAUCUCUUCUCUUUUUGCAUUAUUUUAAUAUAUUAAGGUCCAUUCAUUAGCUUUUCUAAUAUAGCUCACAAUCAUUUUUUAAGUCCAUCGUGUGACAUUAGUAUUGAUUCUGGACUGGAAAAAAAAAUCAUUAGAAAUAUGGAAGUAAAUCUGUACCUGAAUAAGUAGCACAUUCAGUAGGAUGGGCUGCUCACAGACAGGUCAGUGUCAGUGAGGAAUCAUUAAAUAAUGUUUACCCAAGUACUGUUUCAGAAAUUAUCCUUUGAAGACAUAUGUAAUAAAAAAUUGUUAAAUAGUCUUA